AUGGAAAACCCCGCUGUGCUAUUGGUCCAUACUGAGUAUGGCUCAUCGCAAGAUGAAACAUCCCCCUUAAACCAGCAGGUGGUAGACAUACUUAAGGAACGCGAAUCAGACAUACCUGUGCUCAUGACAGUUUUGAAAGCGAAUGAAGAGGACAUCCAGAAUGCAAAACGUGAUGGGGUGGAACUACUGCUGCCUACACUUGACCCAGAUGAUCCUAGUCGAACUGACCCAUCACCAAAUUGGCUGACCUUUGACCACCUGUCCAAAUACCAAAAUCUUCCCCCAAGGGUCAGAAGCAUUGUCGGUCAGUCCGACGUCACAAGUAGGGCUGCGGUGAGGAUCAAACAGGAACGUUACCCUGCAUCUGAUGCAAGAGUCGUCCUCUUCACCACUGACAUACCAGAAGACACCGAGUACUACAAGGGAGAUGAGAAGGCCAUGGGCAUCGGGAAGAAGGAAGACUCCAUCCUUGAAGAUGCACAAGAAGCUGACGUGGUCUUUUCUCUUGGAAACAAGAUAUUUGAUCACUUUGAGAACCAGUUCAGAGCAAUACCUGCCAGCAAGAGGCCUCAGCAUGUCAAGUUUGUUCCGAGACCCUCCAAGAUCUUUGAAGAUGCAGAAGCUGAAUACAAGGGCACAGAGACAAUGGUGGUCCUGUCCAUUGGUAGGGUGAAGGGUGUUGAAAAACUGAAGGGAUAUGACCUUGCUGUUGAAUCCCUGAGCCUUGUAGCAGAGAGGAUGAAAGUUAAGUUUCGUGCCAUGGGAGUUGACGAAGAUGACAUUGAAACACGCAAGGCAAUCCUAAAGCACCGUAAGUCAGCAAACCUACAGAUAACCCUCCUCCCAUACGGCUCACAGAAGGACAUCUAUAAAGAGAUGAUGCAGGCCCACCUGGUCCUGAUGCCUUCUCGUGCUGAACCGUUCGGACUGGUCGGCCUGGAGGCCAUCGCGGCAGGCGUCCCUGUUCUUGUAUCAAGCAAGUCUGGGCUGGCAGACUUCAUCCAUGAACAUGUAGAUGAACUGCAUCAUUCCAUUGUUGACAUGGAUGAACAUGAGGAAGGUGUCACUGUGAAAUAUCUAGCUCGCAGCAUCGAGAGAAUGCUAAAGCACAGCAGGACAGAGUUUGAAGCAGCAGCAAGGUGUAAGAGGAAGCUUCUGUCCUCAAAGUACUGGGAAGAAUCUCAUAAGAAGUUCGUCAAAGCUUGUACAGAUGCAGCCGUAAACAUUGCACAACAGCCAGAACAAGUUCAGACAAGAAAGAGAGGCACGGAUACUAUAUGGGAGAACGUUGGAGGACUUAAACGCCCAAUACAAGACAUGCCUCCUCCACUGACCAUCGUGGUAGAGAUACUUGCACAGGUGAAGCCAACCGUCAAAACCCCCAAGGAACUGCUAAGCUAUGCCUCGGCAAAGAAGGCUUUUGUCACUCUCGACAUCACAACUUUCACAGACGAAACUCUUGGUCUGCUAGAGCAGGUAAAACCAGAAAUCAGAACAGUGGAAGACCUACUUGACACUGCAGAAGCAAUCAGGCAACUGGAAGAAAUCAAAGGCGUAAAUGUUACAGAUGUCAAGACAGGCAGCCUAGUCUUCUACACGCAAUGUACAGACUUGGGCGGCUUGGGUCAACUCUGGUUCAUGUACAAAAGUAGAAAACUCAAUGACCUGAUGGUUGGUAGUUUGAUCAGAGAGGAAGCAUUACAACAACUCUGUGCUGAGAACGUCUCUGUGAAGUCAACCAUCAACGUAGAGGACUUCAGGAAGGCCCUGAUCUACAUCCUCACCUCACCUGCUACCGAAGGAAAAGGUCCGCUCAUGCCAAGACUACCCCUGGAGUACCCCCUCUAUCAGCCACACGUCCACACCACUAGCAGCGUGUUGGACGUUCUCCAUCUGGAUCAGAAGAAAGUGCCUGAGCAACACCUCCACAAAGUGCCACUACCUACACAGAGGGACGAUGGAGACGAUGAUCUUCUCAACAAACUAGACAAGCUUCGAAUAGCAGUAAUGAAUCAUCAUUCUGUCCAAACAGCCAGCACACCCGAGGAAACACCAGAAGACACGGAGGUCGGGGAGAUCAACUCUGUCCUCAAACCUGCUGGGGCGUCAGUUAUACCAGCUCAGGAAACAACAGAAGAUCAGACCAUUGGUGACACGGAGGUUCCACAGGUGAUGUCAGAACUGGUCUCACUGGACAUCAAGGAACUGGAACGACUGAUGGGACCUCGGAGAAAGAGGACUUCCUCCAUAAGCUCUGACUCAUCUGGCUAUGUGACAGGCACUCCAGGAUCAGGACUCAGCAGACCCGACUCACCCACAGGCGAGGGUGACGUCCAGGGCACACUGGAGACUCUCCUUGCUGAACUAAACAAACCUGCAGUACUGAGAGACAAGGGAGAACAGUUUUACCUGUACUGUCAGAUAGGAGAUCUUUACAUGACUAAACUACGCAACCCACAGUCAGCUCUGCAGUAUUAUCAGAACAUGUUAGAGUGUUCUAUGGCACUGUCAGAAGACGCAAAACAAGCCAAGGCCUACAGCAGACUAGGCGUAACCUGUGAUAUGCUAGGUCUCCAAGCUGAAGCCUUUACAAACCAUGAAAAGGCUCUGGCUAUCUAUAGAGUAGAUGCAGGAAAUGAAACUGAUGUUUGCAUCGCUUACAAAAACCUGGCCUCAUCAUUGGCACUAUCAGGUCAAGUGUCAGAUGCAAAAACUAACUAUGAAUCAGCCUUGUCUGUUGCCGUGGAGACAGGAAACAAGACUGAACAGAUGGAAAUUUACUGCAUGCUGGGUGAUUUGCACAGGGAACAGCUAGAGGAACCAGAGGUCGCACACAGGUACUACACAGAGGUGUUGGCACUAGCCAGGGACUCGAGGAAGAAGAAAAUGGAGGGGGUGGCUUACCACAAACUAGGACACGCUUGCUCGGACAUGAAGAAUUAUGACGCAGCUUUGGAGUGGCAUCAGAAGAGCCUUGAGAUGAUGAGCCAAGAUGGUGGAAAUAAGAGAGUACAGAUGAUAACACACACAGAUGUGGGUAAUGCAUACAGAGUACUGGGAAAACCGGACCAGGCAACAUCCCACUUCAACACUGCCUUACAGCUGGCACAGCAGACAGGAGAUCUAGAUGUACAGAUUAUUGUUUGCCUCGGGAUGGGUGAGAUGCACAGGGAACAACUCCACUCCCCACGUACAGCCAUCCAGCAUUAUAAACAGGCUCUUGUACUAGCCAGGCAGUUGAAGGACAGGCAUGGAGAGGGAGUGGCUUGCCACAGACUUGGACUGGUACAUUGUGAGAUCGAGGAGUACGAGUCAGCUCUAGAGUGGUUCCAAAGGUAUCUGCAGAUUAGCCAAGAGGAAGGACUGUUUGAGAUAACAGCACACAUUAAUGUGGGUAAUGUAUACAGGCGAAUGAGUAAACUGGACCUAGCAACAUCCCACUUCAACACAGCCCUACAACUGGCACAGCAGACAGGAGAUCAACAUGGACUGAUGGGGGUUUACUGUAAGAUGGGUGAGAUGCACAGGGAACAACUCCACUCCCCACGUACAGCCAUCCAGCAUUAUAAACAGGCUCUUGCACUAGCCAGGCAGUUGAAGGACAGGCAUCAGGAGGGAAUGGCCUGCAACAGACUUGGACAGGUCCAUUAUGAGAUGGGUGAGUAUGGGGCAGCUCUGGAGUGGGGUCAAAAGCACCUGCAAAUUGUCGAAGAGGAUGGCAACAAAGAACAACAGAUAGCAAACCACAUAGAUUUGGGUAAUGUAUACAGGCGACUGAGUAAACUGGACCUGGCAACAUCCCACUUCAACACAGCCUUACAGCUGGCACAACAGACAGGGGAUCAACAUUGGCAGAUAAUGGUUUACUUCAAAAUUGGUGAGAUGCACAGUGAACAACUCCACUCCCCACGUACAGCCAUCCAGUAUUAUGAACAGGCUCUUGCACUAGCCAGGCAGUUGAAGGACAGACAUGAAGAGGGGAAGGCUUAUGACAGACUUGGAAUGGUACAUUGUGAGGUGGGGGAAUAUGAGGCAUCCCUAGAGUGUUGUCAAAAGUCCCUAAAGAUUAAGCAAGAGGGCGGUGAGAAGAAACAGCAGAUAGAAGCACACAAGAAAAUGGGUACUGUAUACAGUUUACAGGGUAAUCUGGACCUUGCAGCAUCCCAUCUUAACACGGCCUUACAGAUGACACAGCAGACAGGAGAUCAACAUGGACAGAUGAAGGCUAUUUUCCAGAUAGGUGAGAUGCUCAGAGAACAGUUCCACUCCCCACGUACAGCCAUCCAGUAUUACGAACAGCACCUUGCACUAGCCAGGCAGUUGAAGGACAGGCAUGAAGAAGGGAUAGCUUACGAUAGACUCGGGAGGGCCCAUUUUGAGCUCAAAGAGUAUGACAAAGCCCUGACCAUGUAUCAAAACCACCUCAAGAUGAGACAAGAGGAUAGAGACAAGAAAUCACAGACAACAGCACAUAAGAACAUAGCAAAAUCUUACAAGAAACUGGGAAAGAAGGACCUGGCCAAAUCCCAGUACCAAUCAGCUAUGGCCAUCGCCAUUGAGACAGGUGACAAACUGCAACAGGAUGACAUUAGAAAGAAGAUUGAUAAGCUGUAGCAACACG